ACAGAGGGAGGCAGAGGCAGCCGGAGGCAGCAGCGAGAUUCAGGACGCCGAGUGCACAGCUUUCCGGGAGGACCCGGGCCUACGCCCGCCCGAGGGCUGUUGAUGCGCCGCCUCCGUGCGCCCCUCGUCAGACGCCGGCGGUUACUGCUUCCGAGGUCAUCUGACUGGGACGCGUCUUUCGGUGCAGACUUGGCGCGCGCCUGCAGGAGGGGCGCCAACGUGCGCUCAAACCCGGGCAAAUGAUUUCCCUCUGCCCUCGCCCAGUGCUCGGCUACCAUUUCCUUCCGUCUUUGCUCCGCUCUGUGUUUAACGGCGCGCGCCAGGCAAGACCGGGGACGGAGGCCGCAGGGCUCUCCUGGCCAGGCUCGCCCCUGGAUCCCACCCCGCGGGGGGCCGUGCAGCUCCCGGCGCUCCGGCCGCUGACCAGCGCCCGCAGUCUGAGCCGAGGUUGCCGCAGCGCCAGUAAUGUCGGGGCCCAGGCUGGAAGAACACGGCGUGGGGAGGCUGGGAGCCAGCAGGCCAACAAGGCACAAGUCAUCUCCCCCAGCAAACGGGCCCGGCCUGCGGGGGAGGGCGGCAUGCGGCUCCGCUUUGUCCGGCUUUCGGAGCACGCCACCGCUCCGACCAGGGGGUCCGAGCGCGCCGCGGGCUAUGACCUAUACAGGUUCAUUCCAAGGACUGGAAAUUUCCAAAAGGGUCCAAAUAUGAAAAAGCAGGGAUGUUGUGCCUAUGAUUACACAGUACCACCUAUGGAGAAAGCCCUUGUGAAAACAGACAUUCAGAUAGCUCUUCCUUCUGGGUGCUAUGGGAGAGUAGCUCCACGUUCUGGCUUGGCUGCAAAACACUUCAUAGAUGUAGGAGCUGGUGUCAUAGAUGAAGAUUAUAGAGGAAAUGUUGGUGUUGUACUGUUUAAUUUUGGCAAAGAAAAGUUCGAAGUCAAAAAGGGUGAUCGAAUUGCACAGCUCAUUUGUGAACGGAUAUUUUACCCAGAAAUAGAGGAAGUUCAAGUUUUAGAUGACACUGAAAGGGGUUCAGGAGGUUUUGGUUCCACUGGAAAUAAUUAAAAUUUAUGCCAAGAACAGAAAAUGAGAAAAUAUACUUUUUCCUUGAAAAUAAAG